GAAAAUGUGAGAAAAAAGAAAAGAAAACAUUUGAAGAAGCAUUGAAAGGAAAGGAGAAAACAGAGAAAAAAGUGGAGCAUUGUCGAAGAUAGAAAAAAAGGCCACACCACAAAUACAACAACAUAGUAUUUUAACCCCCGAAACUAAAGCUUCGAUUUUUCCUAUAAUCACACCAUUUCUCAUCAAAAAAAUAAGGGGGGGUUUGAAAAAACAGAGAAAAAUAAACAAGAAUCACUCACUUUGUUUAAUAAAGGUGAAGUUUUUAUUGAAUUUUGAAUAGAUCAGGUGUGAUGUCGUGUUCUUCUUCAUCUGGGUCGGAAGAUGACGAUGAGGGCUUCGAUUCUUACCGGAAAGGUGGUUACCACGCCGUCAGGGUCGGAGAUCAGUUCGCCGGCGGCAGGUACAUAGCUCAGAGGAAAUUGGGUUGGGGUCAAUUUUCAACCGUUUGGCUUGCUUAUGAUACUACAACCUCUGCUUAUGUUGCUCUCAAGAUCCAGAAAAGUGCGGCUCAGUUUGUUCAGGCAGCCCUUCACGAGAUAGAUGUUCUUUCAUCCAUUGUUGACGGCGCCAUUUCAGAUUCAAAAUUUGUUGUUCAAUUGAUUGACCACUUUAAGCACACGGGCCCUAAUGGCCAGCACCAGUGCAUGGUACUCGAGUUUCUCGGAGAUAGCCUUCUUCGUUUAGUCAAAUACAACCGUUACAAAGGCCUUCCAAUGAAUAAAGUUAGGGAGAUGUGCAAAUGCAUUUUGAUCGGUUUGGAUUACUUGCAUAGAGAACAUGGUAUUAUCCACACAGACCUAAAACUCGAAAAUGUUCUUUUGGCUUCUACCAUUGAUCCUGCCAAAGACCCUGUUCGAUCUGGAAUCUCCCCGAUUUUAGAGAGGCCUGAGGGAAACAUAAACGGCACGGUUACAAGUCUUAUCGAGAAAAAGUUGAAAAGGAGAGCAAGGAGGGCGGUAGCUAAAAUAUCCGGACAAAGAGCUUCAAUGGGAGGAAUGGGAGAAGCUCCAAAACCGGGGAGAAACAUUGAUGGGAUCGAUGUGAGAUGCAAAGUGGUAGAUUUUGGAAAUGCGUGUUGGGCUGAUAAGCAAUUUGCAGAAGAAAUUCAGACAAGACAGUACAGAGCUCCUGAAGUUAUAUUGCAGGCCGGUUAUUCUUUCUCCGUUGACAUGUGGUCGUUUGCUUGUAUUGCUUUCGAGCUUGCCACUGGUGAUAUGUUGUUUACGCCCAAAGUCGGACAAGGUUUUAGUGAGGAUGAGGACCACCUUGCCCUGAUGAUGGAACUCCUCGGAAAGAUGCCGCGGAAGGUAGUUGCUACUGCAGGAGCAAAAUCGAAGGAUUUCUUCGACAGACACGGGGAUCUCAAAAGGAUUCGAAGGCUAAAAUUUUGGCCACUUAACAAAAUAUUGAUUGAUAGAUAUAAAUUUUCAGAGAGUGAUGCUCUUGAGUUUUCGGAAUUUCUUUCGCCUCUUCUUGAUUUUGCACCCGAGAAGCGACCGACUGCGCAGCAGUGUCUGGAACACCCUUGGCUAAUGGACAAGGAUUGUUCCUAAAGAAAUGAGAAAUGAAUCUAGUGUGGAAAAAGUGGGUGUUGGGGAAGUGAAGGGGAGAUAAGUAUUUGAGAGUCACCCUCUUCAAACAUUAUUGACUUUUGAUUGUGAUUUUUAUUUUUUGGUUUGGUCAAAUUCAAUAAGAUUUAUUUUUUUAUUGGAUUAACUAUACUAUAUGAGAUUGUAAAUUAGUAAAGAAUUUUGUUCAUCAAGAGAUAUAAUAUGACAGGAAUUUUGUGUGUAUAUUAUCCACAUGAUUUUAGUGAUGAUGGAAUUCAUCCA